AUGGGCCUCAGGGCCAUGAGAAGUAGGGAAGAGGAAGAGGCUCGGGAACUUGAAGCAGAAAAGGCAGGACCCGAUCCUUAUCAAGUGCAAUUCGAACCGGGAGAAAACAUCAACCCAAAGAACUGGUCGGUCCUUAAUCGAUGGUUCCUCACUGGUAUCGGCAGUCUCCUAGUACUCAACUCAACCUUUGCCUCCUCGGCACCGUCGGGCAUUGUCACCGACCUCAUGGAGUACUUUACCUUUUCUCAAGAAGUCGCGAUCCUCACCAUAUCACUCUUUGUCGCUGGAUACUGUGUCGGCCCUUUGCUUUGGGGUCCUCUCUCGGAAAGCUACGGCAGAAGGCCCAUCUUCAUCAUUGCAUUCUUCUGCUACACGUUCCUCGGUGGAACCUUCGCAUCGGCACCCCUCACAAACUCUGGAGCACUGUUGGCGGAUAUCUGGGAUGGCAAAAAUCGAAGAACUGCUAUGAACUGGUUCGCUCUUGCCCCGUUCGCUGGUCCAUCCAUUGGGCCCAUCGUCGGUGGUUACAUAUUUGUAGCCGGAGCAAGUUGGCGUUGGGUCUUUUGGACCUUGACAAUCUUUGCUGGCGUCUGUCUUGUCCUCGUGGUCGCCCUAAUACCAGAAACGUAUGCCCCCAAGGUUCUUGCCAACAAGGCCAAACGACUUCGCAAGGAGACGGGAGACGAUCGGUAUUGGGCACCAUUAGAGAAGAGCGACACGUCUUUCAAAGGUCGCAUCAACGAUAUCCUGUUGAAGCCGUUCAUCAUCCUCGCCAAAGAGCCCAUGCUUCAAGCUGUCACUCUCUAUAUGAGUUUUGUGUAUGGUGUUGUCUAUCUGUUGUUCGAAGCCUUCCCCUUUGUCUUUGUGCAGAUUCACGGUUUCAACAUGGGCGAAAAUGGACUUGCAUUCCUUGGCUUCUUCCUCGGAGGUGUGAUAGCUGUCAUGCUAUUUAUCACUGUAUUCGAACCUCGCUAUCAAAAGGCGGCCCUCAAGCGCACCCCUGCUCCUCCUACACCCGAGACUCGACUCGAAUUUUGUGUCAUUUCUGGCGUGUCUCUUUUUGUCGCCAUGUUCUGGUUUGGCUGGACGGCCUAUCCCAGCAUCCACUGGAUUUCGCCCGUCCUUGCAGCUGGGCUGUUGGGUAUUGGAACCCUCGGUCUAUUCGUCUCGUUAUUCAACUACAUGGUUGACGUCUAUCUCUGGUCGGCCGCUUCUGCUCUCGCAGCCAACACCUUUGGCGCCGUCUUCCCGCUCUUUGCCACACAAAUGUACAAGAAGCUCAACGUCCACUGGGCUUCUACCCUCCUUGGCUUUGUGGCUCUUGUCUGCGCUCCGAUUCCCCUAGUUCUCAUCAAGUUUGGACCCAAGCUGAGAGCGAGGAGCAAGUUUUCGGCCAACAAGGUUGCUGCUUAG